AUGGACAGCUGGAAAAGGGCUAUCGAACAGGAUCCCGCCCAUUCGGGUGCUUGGGUGAAUAUACUUGUUCGAUUGGAUGAAACAGGACAAUGCGAAAGGGCGAUAGAAAUCGCUGGCAACCUGCCAAACCCCGCCCAUUCAGCUAUUCAUUUUCAGUUGGGAACUUGCUAUGGCCAAUUGAAUCGAUUUGAAGAGGGAGAAUAUCAUCUGAGAAAAGCCAUCCAGAUCGACCCCCAUAAUCGCAUCUAUCACUCCAAUUUGCAAGUGCUUUACGAACGCCGACGUCUCUUUUCCGCCGAAAAUUCCUCCCAACUGAACACGCCACGCUCCAACACACACCUCCAAAGAUUGGGCACAAAUAUUACCGGUCGAUUG